UUUCUAUAUAAAGCAAGCACCGAACGGACCCAAUCCUUGUGCAGUGGUGAUCAACCAUAAACUUAUUCACCAAAGAGAAACCAAAAGGCUCAAAACACAACCAUGAUCAAUCAUGCUCUUUGUUUCUUAGUAUUCCUAUCUGCACUACAUGCAACACAUGCAGUUGAAUACACUGUCACUAACAACGCACUCUCAACUCCUGGCGGCGUGGCUUUCCGUGACAAAAUAGGGGCUGAAUACGCCAAGCGAACACUUGACUCGGCCACCCAAUUCAUAUGGAGGAUCUUUCAGCAAAACAACCCUUCUGACAGAAAAAAUGUGCAGAAGGUAAGCUUAUUCGUUGAUGACAUGGAUGGUGUUGCAUAUACUAGCAACAAUCAAAUCCAUCUCAGUGCAAGAUACGUUGGAAACAAUAAAGGGGACGUGAAAACAGAGAUAACAGGUGUGCUGUACCAUGAAAUGGUGCACGUUUGGCAGUGGAGUGGGAAUGGUCGUGCUCCUGGUGGAUUAAUUGAAGGUAUUGCGGACUAUGUUAGGCUGAAGGCAAACUAUGCACCUAGUCACUGGGUGAAAGCAGGGCAAGGACAGAAAUGGGACCAGGGUUAUGAUGUUACUGCACGCUUUUUGGACUAUUGUGAUAGUCUCAAAAGUGGGUUUGUGGCACAACUUAACAAGUUGAUGAGAACUGGUUAUAGUGAUCAAUACUUCGUUCAGUUACUGGGAAAACCGGUUGAUCAGCUCUGGCGAGACUACAAGGCCAAGUAUGGCAAUAUUGCCUAAUAACCUAAGAGCUUUUUAAUUUAAAGAAUAAGCGAGUAUAUCGCAAUGUUUUUCAAUAAGAUUGUAUCAGCUCUAAGAUUCUGCUAUUACAAGUUUUGGUGUUUUAUUCAAAAUAAAAAUAUUCUAAAGUUUUUAACCA